CAGGAACCAAAAACCGGUUUUUCGCCGUGCAUUCCUCCGUAGUAAAUACAAACUCAGCCUUCCCCUCUCACCAACCUCCCCCCCAUACCUUGUGAAGGACAGGUUCUCUGUUUAACAAGCCCUUUCGGCCAAUGAAAAGGGAGGAUUCAGUCCUGAAUCUACAGGUACAGAUUCUCCACUGUAGUAGAUCCCUUUUCCACAUCGACAGAUGAAAAUCUGAAAAUCGUUUGCUCGCAUUGAAUCAUCCCAGAGGCCUCACAUGCUGUCAGAUUCAUAAUUGUUAAAUAAUUCCACAUCGUUUGGUAUUUGUGCGGUUUUGGAUGGGAUCAGCUUUUUGCAGAAGUUAAAUGACAAUUAGUCAUUCUGUUGAGACUACUUUGAAGGUCUGCAUCGGUGCUUAAAUCUUCGGCAUCAUGAAAGACCUCAAGCCUGUUCCUGAUUCUAUGGGGGCCAAUGGCAUUUCCAGUGACCACGUCCUGGAGCUGAAUAGUGUUUUCCACACCGGGCAGGUGGAACCUGGCACUUGUUUCCAGAAGCUGACCGGUUCCGUUCCGACGGGCUCUGUGCUCAAAGAUGUGUCCAUGGAGGUCCACGCAGGCGAAGUGAUGGCCGUUCUCGGAUCCAAAGGUAGUGGCAAGCGCGCUCUACUGGAGGUAAUCGGUCGCCGCGCCAUGGGUGUGACGAGAGGUCAGAUCGUAUUGAAUGACAUCUCCCUGACCCUGCAGCUCUUCCAAGAGCAAUGUGGCUUCGUCCCCAAGCAGGUGACCCUGCUGCCCGGACUGUCCGUCCGGCAGACUCUUAUUUACUCAGCUCACUUGACCAUAGGGCCCAAGGUGUCCGGCUCCAUGAAGAGAAACAGAGUGAAGCAAGUGAUGGCCGACCUGGCGCUCAACCAGGUGUCGAACCGUGAAGUGAGCACCCUGAAGCCCAGCGAGUACCGGAGGCUGGCGGUCGGGAUCGAGCUGGUGAAGGAUCCAGUGAUGAUCCUGCUGGACGAUCCCACCUACGACCUGGACCCUCUGAACACGUACUUCGUGAUCUCCAUCCUCUCCAACCACGCCAAGAAAUACAACCGCAUCGUCGUCCUGAGCAUGGAGAAGCCCCGGUCGGACAUAUUUCCUUUCCUGGACCGAGUCACCUACCUCAGCCUCGGGGAAGUUGUCUACACAGGAAGUACCAGAAUGCUGCUAGAUUAUUUUGGAAGCAUAGGUUUUCCUUGUCCUGAAUUGGAAAAUCCACUUAUGUAUUAUUUAUGUUUGUCCACUGUCGAUCGUCGGACCAGAGAAAGGUUCAUCGAAUCCAGCACGCAGAUCUCCGCCCUCGUGGAGAAGUUCAAGAUCGAAGGCUCCCAUUACAGGAAGUAUUACCUGCCAGCCACCGAUACCUUGGAGAGCAAAGAGACGCGCUACAAGCUGCCCUUGACCGCCUAUGGACAGCCUUCCAGCUGGCAGGUGUUCAGAAAUUUAGUCAGUCGCCGUUUCUGUCUCCUUCUGAACUGCAACUCCCGUGCCCUGAGGGAGAUGUUCCUCCGCCUCUUCAUGCUGCCCCUCUUCUUCACCCUGCUCUUCUGCUUCUACUUCCAGCUCAACCACUUCCAGCACAGCUUCCUCACCCGGAACGGGCUCGUCUUCAACUGCCUGGUGGCCGUCUCUUUCCUGUCCGCUGCCAUCACUGCCAUCACGCACGCUCCUCAUCGCAAUCGCUAUUACCAGGAAAGUCGUGAUGGCAUCUACCGCGGUCCCAUGUUCAUCCUCUCCACCGUAUUCUACAGCCUGCCCCUCAGCAUACUCUCGGUGACAGCUGCAGGAACAAUCAUCUACACUGGCUGCAAACUCCGUGAGGAAUGGGAGAACUGGGCCACUUUCUGUGCCGUCCUGUGGACUGUGUACGUGUUUGCAGAGCAGCAGACCAUAUCUCUGAUGAUGAUUAUCAGAUCGUCUUACACGUCUUUUCUUACCAGCAUAUAUAUACUAAUUAUUUAUAUAACAUUUGCAAGUGGAACAGUAAGGAGCUUGACAUCAUUGCCAGAAUGGUUCUAUUACAUGACCCAUGCUGUUAUCUAUCGAUAUGCUGGGGCUUUCUUGCAAGAGAACGAGUUCUUGAACAAUUCUGGACUGGAUCGUUCAAAUUAUUUGAACGGAACGGAAGCUUUACCCUGCACCACAAACAUUCCAGGCAGCUGUGUAUACGUCGAUGGAAACCACUAUUUGCUCCAAAAAUUUCCUAGUAACAGUGGAAGGAUGGAAGAUUCAGAUUUACAUUAUUGGCUGAAUUUCGGCCUCUGCUUUGUGUUCGUUGGCGGUAUGUGGGUUCUGAACACGAUUCUCCAUCUUGUGCCCUUGCCUGCUUUCAUAAAAACAAAAUUCAGGAACUGAAAGUUCUGUAGAAUUUUAAUUUGAGACAUGAAAUUUUUAAUCUGCUAUUUUUAAAUAAAGUUUUAUUUUUUUAAAUGAGAUAUAUUUAAUAAGAGGAAUUUACGAUAAAUAAAAUUUAAAAUUGUGAUACAGAA